AUGGCAGAGGAGGUGAGCACCCUGAUGAAGGCCACGGUCCUGAUGCGGCAGCCCGGGCGGGUGCAGGAGAUCGUGGGCGCCCUCCGCAGGGGCGGGGGAGACCGCUUACAGGUUAUUUCUGAUUUUGACAUGACCUUGAGCAGGUUUGCAUAUAACGGAAAGCGAUGCCCUUCUUCUUACAACAUUCUGGAUAACAGCAAGAUCAUCAGUGAGGAGUGCCGGAAUGAGCUCAAAGCGCUCCUUCACCACUAUUACCCAAUUGAGAUUGACCCACACCGGACCGUCAAAGAGAAGUUACCUCAUAUGGUAGAAUGGUGGACCAAAGCUCACGAUCUCCUGUGCCAGCAGAAGAUUCAGAAGUUUCAGAUCGCCCAGGUGGUUAGAGAGUCCAAUGCAAUGCUGAGGGAGGGAUACAAGACAUUCUUCAACACCCUCUACCAGAACAACAUUCCCCUGUUCAUCUUUUCUGCGGGCAUUGGUGAUAUCCUGGAGGAGAUUAUCCGACAGAUGAAAGUGUUCCACCCCAACAUCCACAUUGUGUCUAACUACAUGGACUUUGAUGAAGACGGUUUCCUACAGGGAUUCAAGGGCCAGCUCAUACACACAUACAACAAGAACAGCUCUGUUUGUGAGAACUCCGGGUACUUCCAGCAGCUUCAGGGAAAAACCAACAUCCUCCUGCUGGGGGACUCCAUGGGGGACCUCACUAUGGCCGAUGGGGUUCCUGGCGUGGAGAACAUUCUCAAGAUUGGCUUCUUAAAUGACAAGGUGGCAGAGCGGCGGGAACGCUACAUGGACUCCUAUGACAUCGUGCUGGAGAAGGAUGAGACGCUGGACGUGGUCAACGGGCUCCUGCAGCACAUCCUGCACCGCGGGGACUGGAUAGAGAUGCAGGGCUCCUGAGUGCAGGCCGGGGUCAGGCGCGGGGGGCUGUGGAGAGGUGGGAGCCUCGCCAAGAGGCCGUCCUGCCGAGGGCGCUGCUUCUCCCAGGGCGGGCAGUGAACAGUCCAGGGUGGUGCGGCUGGGGAGCCUGUGCCCCUCCCUCCCCUCCCAGCGCCCAGGCUCCAGGCUCCAGGCUCCGGGAAGCCCUGCCCGGCAGUGGGAGGGCCCACCAGGUGAACACGGGACCUGCAGGGUGUUCCCACUCUUACUAGGGACCAUCUAGCCCAGGGGUUCUUUUUUCCCCAAAUUUUUAAACGCGGAAAGCUGUUCUUUAAACAAAUCUAAUGUGUGA